CACAUAACUAGGAAGUGGUGGAGUAGCAGGAGAGUCACAGGGAUGUGAUGUGGACUCCCUUUUUCUCCCGCUCACCUUCAGAAUUGCCUGAAGCCCUGCCGCCCCGAGGACCAUGUUUAACGGGGAGCCUGGUCCAGCCUCAGCUGGGGCCUCUAGGAACGUGGUACGGAGCUCCAGCAUCAGCGGCGAGAUCUGUGGAUCCCAGCAAGCUGGGGGUGGGGCCGGGACCACCACAGCCAAGAAACGACGCAGCAGCCUGGGUGCCAAGAUGGUGGCUAUCGUCGGCCUGACCCAGUGGAGCAAAAGCACACUGCAGCUCCCCCAGCCUGAAGGGGCCACUAAGAAGCUGCGCAGCAACAUCCGCCGGAGCACGGAGACUGGCAUUGCGGUGGAAAUGCGGAGCCGGGUGACGCGCCAGGGCAGCCGGGAGUCUACCGAUGGGAGUACCAACAGCAACAGCUCCGAGGGCACGUUUAUUUUUCCCACACGGCUUGGAGCUGAAAGCCAGUUCAGUGAUUUUCUGGAUGGCCUGGGACCAGCCCAGAUUGUGGGGCGACAAACGUUGGCCACACCCCCCAUGGGAGACGUGCACAUUGCCAUCAUGGACCGGAGCGGCCAGCUGGAGGUGGAAGUGAUUGAAGCUCGGGGCCUGACCCCCAAACCAGGCUCCAAAUCCCUCCCAGCCACCUAUAUCAAGGCUUACCUGCUGGAGAACGGGGCAUGUGUAGCCAAGAAAAAAACGAAGGUGGCCAAGAAGACUUGUGAUCCCUUGUACCAGCAGGCUCUGCUCUUUGAUGAGGGGCCCCAAGGCAAGGUUCUGCAGGUGAUCGUCUGGGGAGACUACGGCCGUAUGGACCACAAGUGCUUCAUGGGUAUGGCCCAGAUCAUGCUGGACGAGUUGGACCUAAGUGCUGCUGUCACGGGCUGGUACAAACUCUUCCCCACAUCCUCUGUGGCUGACUCCACACUCGGAUCCCUUACCAGGCGCCUGUCCCAGUCCUCUUUGGAGAGUGCCACCAGCCCCUCUCCCUCGUGCUCCUAAGGACCUCACUGAGGACCAGAGGCCAGGGGCUGGAGGGGGGAGGGAGCCUGCUGGCCACACCGCCCCCUGUACAUAGUCUCCAUGGCUUUCUGGAUCCCUCGCCCUGCUGCAUGCCUGUUGGCCGCUGGGCUUGUCCCAGC